CCGCCUCGCUCUGGGGCGGGAAGGAGGUCUUAGAAAGCGCGGCGAUGCGGCGGUACGGGCUGCGUAGGGAGGUGGGGGAGUCACCGUCCGUGGAGGCGUCCGGGAACCGUGGAGAGGUGGCGCCGAGGAACGUGGUCAGCGGGGAUGGGCCGGGGUUGGACUGGGUGGUCUUAAGACAUCUCCAGUUUUAAUGAUUUUCCACCCUAGGAUAAGGCAGGCGGUUGCCUGCUCCCUCGGGGGAGAGGAGCCAGUGGGAGAUUGGGCAGAGCUAAGGCAGGAACUUGGAAGAGGGGAGAAUAGGAAGGAAGGGAUAAGAGGAAGCAUGGAGCGUGUGGUACCGGUCGUCAUAAAGUUUUCUUGAACGGAGCACGUAAGUGCUGUGUGUUCUGGGUCUGGCAUUCGGCCUGCAUCAUGUUACAGGCUGUAGUUCUCCUGCACUUGUUUCAGUGAAGGUUACAGAUGUGCCUGGAUGAUGGCAUUGCUGCUGUCCCAGAACCGGCCUGCUUGCUGGAAACAGUGCUGCGGUGUGACCUGGGAGAAGACUUUACAUGCUUUAGUUGACAGCAGUUACAUUGCUGAACAUGCAGGAAAGCCAUAGCUUGAAGGAAGAGAAUCUGUGCUCUGACAUUAAAUCAGUGCUUUGAUGCAUUGAAAUGGAAAUUGAAGGAUGUGUGCUCAUUUCUUUAUGCCUUCCUUUAAAGCAGCUGGAAGCCAUUUGUGUUCAAGUUCAGCCAGGACAGAUGAAGGAAACAGAAAGGCCAGUGCCAUCCUUGGCACCAAUCCAGUCCAAAACUGUAAUGCUGAGUCAGUCUGUUGGUAGAAAUUCUAGCAUGCCAGGACUUGGCAUUAUUAAUCCCCAGAUAAUUAAGAUACAGCCUGUUACAGGACCUGAGCAGCAGCAGCAGCUUUUCCUGCAUAGUUCUUCUGAGUCUCCAGUUCAGUUGCUUAUGCAGAAACCUUUACCGUCUCAUGGAUCAGUGCCUGUGAACAAGAUUCCUACAAGUAAGGUGCUAAACGGACAGAAAACUGCACGUGCCACAGUAUCACCUGCAAGGUCUUCAAAUAUUGCAGCCAGCUCAACAAACACUCUGAUGCCAUGCCUUGAAAAAAAACAAAAAGAUGACAAGCUAAAAAAGUCUUUGAAAGUGAAAACUCGUUCUGGACGGAUUUCACGCCCUCCAAAGUACAAGGCUAAAGAUUAUAAAUUCAUUAAAAUGGAGGAUUUGGCUGAUAGUCAUCAGUCUGAUUCUGACGACUACUCUGAGUUGAUUAUAGAAGAUGAUGAAGAAGGAAAGGUGAAGGGAAAGGACGCAUUGUUCAAUUCUUCAAAUUAUAAUCUGAAACCCAAAAUGUUUAAGUGUCAGACUUGUGAAAAGUCCUAUAUAGGAAAAGGAGGAUUAGCAAGACAUUAUAAACUUAACCCUGGUCAUGGACAGCUAGAGUCUGUACCUCAAAAAACACCCUUAAAUAAACCUAAUGGAAGUAUAUCUAUGGACAAUCUCUGCGGAAUAGGAGAGGAAAUUAUGAGUCCAGUGCAUUUGAAUUCCAUUGCUGUCACUUUAAAUAAUGAAAAUGCACUACCUACCAAUUUGGAAGAAACUGCUGGCUCACAGGUUGAACAGACUUGCAAGUCUGCAGAAAGCAGAAAACUGUUGGCAGAACAACAGAAUGAAAGCAGUUCAGGACAACGGGGGCCCAUAACAGCAAAAGGACCUGGAAGACCCAGACGACCAAAGAGACGCGGUCGACCGAGGAUGGGUGGAAGAUCCAGGUGUUCUGGAAGGCUUAGCAGACCUGGUCAGUCCCCUUCAAAGCCCCUUAGUAGUGUGUCAACAGAGCGCAAUGUAUUCAGAAGAAGAGCUAGGUUAAAAGAGCUAAUACAACAGUGUGAUAAUGAAGACUUGAUGGAGCUGGUUCUCCCACGUCUUACAGAGCUUGUUACAGUGUAUGAAUUCCUGUUGAUGAAGGUUGAAAAAGGUUGUCCAGCCAAAGCUUACUUCCCUGAUGUGUAUAGAGAAUUUGAAGAGUUGCAUAAUAUGGUAAAGAAAAUGGCUUAUGAUUACCUCAGUAAUUCUGAUUUUCUGAGCUGCCAGCAGCCUAUUGAAAUAAAAGAUGCUAAGGUUGCUGAAUCACUAGGAAUUACAGAAAUAACCUCUGGCGAACAAAAGAUGCAAGGUGUAGACUCUUGUUCACAAUGUAUAAUUAAAAUGGUUAGUGAGCAAGUGCCUGUGGAGACACUGGGACAGAAACGGUUAGCUGAGAGCUCAGGGGAGGAACUGUUGCCAUCAGCCAAAAGGACCAAGUUAGAAGACGUAAUGGAGAAUGUGAAUAAUGCUUAUUCCAGUCAAGAUGAAGUGAAAGAAAAGAGUGGAAAUUUAUGUACACUCUUUGAAAAAGAUGGUCUUAAUCCAUUAAAUGGAGAAAUCCUGCUUUCAGAAGACAGACAUGUCACUUGCUGCACAACUGGAAGCAUAUUACCUGCAGAGGAGGAACAUAAUUUACUUGUUGAUUCAGAAGUUAGAAUCAAUGCUGAAAAUUCAGGUACCUUCUCUCAGACUGUGGAAACGAGGAUAGAGUACUCCCAACCUGUAGAUGGACAGGGACCAGGUAUGUCAGCUGACACAUCUUUGCUACAUACUGAAAUUGUAUUGCCUGUAGAAGCCGGAGGUUCACCAGAAUUAGCUGAAGCACAUAUGGUGAGUCAGAACACAGCAGGUGGACUGUCAGCUGCUGAACCCUGCAACUCUGUCUCAGAGCAUGCAGUGGGCAUUCAGAGCACCAACUUGGCAGUGAGUGAGGAAAAUGGUCUCAAUGAAAAAUGUCAGGCACCGCAAGAAGAAAACCAGAAUUUUGCUCUGAAAGGACAAUCUGAACAACUUCAUGAUGCUGGUAUGGCUGAGAUGCAGGAAAUGGAAAAAGCUUUUUCAACACAUGUGCCAAUAAAUUAUCCACACGGUGCUCAGGCUGAGUUGCAUCAGAAUUCUGUCCAGGAAACCACCCUGUCUGCUGGUGUGAACCAUGACUGCGCUUACAGUAACAUGAGUGAAUUUUCUUGUGGGACAGAGGGACAACACGAGCUGGAGAAUGCAGUUACUAUAGAUCAAACUGUAGCUUUUGAGAUUACUGAUGAGAGCCAUGACUUUUUGACUCAGGGACAUGAACAGAUUUUUAUUCAGACUUCUGAUGGGCUUAUUUUGUCUCAUCCCAAUGCUGCUGUUUUGUCUCAGGCAGAAGGUAUUGUUAUUGUAACUGAUUCUGAUGGUACUACAAUGCACAUUCGCACACCUGAUGGGAUACCUUUGGAAACUGUGGAAGCACUACUGGCAAUGGAAGCAGAUGGCCAAAGUGAAGAUGUUCUGCUCUCACAAAGUGAAUUGGAGCCAUAAAUUAGAAUACUACACAGUCUUUCUUCUGGGAAAGACCAACUAUAUAAAAUGUAUAUUUUUCUAAUGUGAAUAGUGAGAUAACUGAAAUUUAACUUAUUUGUAAACUGUUUCUAUGCCCUAUACUUUUUAUAACUUAUGUUUAUAAAAAUCUAAAACAAUUGCAACCAAAAAUUCUAAAAUUAACAUUGUUCUCCUUGCUUUAUAUGUUGGGGGAUGGAUAGAAAGUGGAAAUCUGUCAAUCCUAAAGCUGUUGCACUAUUCCCCUUUGUAAUGCAAUUCCUUUUCUCUCUAGCCAUCUAAAAAUGCAGUAAGUUGUACUGCUUUUUGGCAGUGAUGUGCUGUGUACUGGCAAACUGUGUAUGGGUAAAAUAAAAGCUAUUUGAAAGUA